UUCUAAUGCUUCACACUGUUUUUGCCUUUUCUAGUUGAUCAUGUUCUCUUCUAGAUUCGAUAAAGCUUCUGGCGUGAGAGAGAGGGUGCAAGACACCCUCUCUAGUCACCGCAACGAGUUGAUCUCUCUUCUCUCCAGGUAUGUUGUUGUGGGCAAAGGAAUACUACAAUCACAUGACCUGAGGCACGAGGUAGAAAAGAUUCUUGAAGAGGAUGAAGGGAUGUGGAAACUCAAAGAUAGCCCCUUUGUCAAAGAGCUAGAAUCUGCAAAGGAAGCCAUAGUUAUACCUCCUUUUGUGUCAAUGGCUUUGCGUCCAAGACCUGGUGUUUGGGAGUAUGCUCGUGUUAAUGCAUUUGAACUCAAUGUGGAUAAUCUGAGUGUUGCAGAAUAUCUACGAUUCAAAGAAGAACUUGUAGAUGGGGAGUGCAAUGGCAAAAACGUGCUUGAAGUAGAUUUUGAGCCAUUUAAUGCAACAUUCCCUAGACCAACUCGAUCAUCCUCUAUUGGUAAUGGGGUUCAAUUUCUCAACCGUCAUCUAUCAUCAUUCAUGUUUCGUAACAAAGAAAGUUUGGAACCUCUCCUUGCUUUUCUUCGCGCACACAAAUAUGAUGGCCAUGUAAGUUUGUCUAAAAGCAUCAUUCAAUCAUUUAGAAACAGUGAUAUUUAUUUGUAGAAAUUUUGACCGAUGCCCAGAAAUCUUAAAAUAUCAAUAUAAAGAUAUAUUCGUUCGAUGGUGAAGAUUUGUUCUUUUAUGGUUUUGACCAUGUAAGUUCCUAGUUUACCCAGUUUUGUGCCUGAGCUUUGAUACUUAUGUGGUACAUGUUCAGCCUAUUUUUGACCAUGUAUAAUAAAAGUCUAUUAGGAGAUCAUAUGGGAAAGUUCCCAGCUCCUUUUUUGAUGAAUACCAUCCACUUUACAAUUAGUUUUCCUUAUGCAAAUUGUUAAAGGAAAUCAGGCAGCUGAAUUGAAAUCUCCAGUAGAUUUGAGACGUUCUUCUCAAUCUAGCCAUGUUCUUGAAGAUAAUGGAGGAUCACCAUGAGGAACUAUUUAGAAAUUUGCUUCAAUUUUAGUUUGUUAGGAGCUUUUAGAACCAUCUUUAUAUUUUUGUUGUUUUUAUGUACCUAAGUUUCUUAAACUUAAGGACCAUUUCUAUGUUUGAAAGAUACAAAAUUUGGAUUUAAUAUCUUUAUUUAAUGAAUGACAUUUUUAUUUGCAUCAUUUA